UAUUUUAAUGCUGUAAUUCAAAACUAUCCUUCCAAUAUUUUUCUGAAAAUGCACGUAUCAGUUGUCUUCAGUGUUCUGUUGCAGUCUUUCCGUUCUUUAACAGUUUUUGGAAAACAAACUCCUGUCCAGCUGAGGCAGCGAGUUUCUUUUACGUCGCAUUCUAUAAUUGGAUAUCUGCAAAACCACAGACCCACACACCCUUAGACUAAGCAGACAGUGGAAACUACUCUGUUAGGCACUGAAGCACCAGCACUCUUGUGAGUAACAAGAACUCAUACAACCUCUCACUUCAUGUUUUCCUAGGCCCUGAGAUCCCAUGGGUGUCCAGGGUCUGACCACUUAUGUUGAGGGGAACAGACAAUUUCUCCAAGAUGUGAAGUUCAGGGACAGUCGCCUGGUUAUUGAUGGUUGCAGUCUGUAUUUCCGCCUCUACUUUAACCACGGUUUGGACCAGCAGCAUGGAGGGGACUAUGAUGCUUUCGCUCGACUUCUCACCCAGUUCCUCUCUGCGUUGGCUGCCUGCAACAUCCAGCCAUAUGUGGUACUGGAUGGAGGGAUGGACCCCAGUGACAAGAAGUUUGCCACUCUGCGUCAACGUCUGCAGUCCAAGAUAAGGGAGGCAGACAAUAUCUCUCAUGGCCGCAGUGGCUCUAUUCUCCCCAUCCUCACAAGAGAUGUCUUCAUUCAGGUCCUCAGCCAGAGAAGAAUCCCAAUAUACCAGUGUUCAGCUGAGGCUGACUGGGAGAUUGCAUGUUUGGCUCACCAGUGGAAGUGCCCAGUUCUGACCAAUGACAGUGACUUUUAUAUCUUUGACCUUCCAGGUGGUUACCUGCCAUUCAAUUUUUUCCAGUGGACCAACCUUAACGGUAAAGCCUCUCAUCACUACAUCUCAGCUCGGUGCUACACCACUAACGGCCUUUGUCACUGGUUUGGGGGAAUGAACCCGGAGUUGCUACCCUUGUGUGCUGUCCUAACCGGUAAUGACUAUGGAACUCCAAAAGAUGCUGAAACACUGCUUGCUGUGUUAGAUGUUGGGAGAGGCGGUGGCAGGGGUAAAGGUAGAGCACCCUCCUCCCGCAUCGAGGGCAUCCUUAUCUGGCUGUCUUCUUUUUCAAGCCCGGCGGAGGCCCUGGAGGAAGUGAGCAGGUUAAUGGGGGAGGAAGGUUUUAGGGGGAAGAGAGGACAGAAAGGUGGGCUCAGUUCACAACUGUGGGCAGGUAUGCAGGAGUACCACCUCACCCCUCAAAGCUCUCUGGCUUACUGGUUCUCUGGAGGCAAGGCAGCUCCAGGAGGCUGGACCUCUGGGCUCGCACAGCUACCAGGCUGCCUUUCACUGGCUGCAGCAAAAGGGCUUUUGGCCCCCCUGGUGGUGGAUGCUCUGGUGAUGCAUAGGGUCCUGCUCAUUCCACAGGUGGAGAACAGCAAACUCUCCAGCAGCCACUGUAGUGCUAGAAAGAUACGUCAGGCUAUAUAUGGGAUAUUACAGCGAACAGGCAGUGUGCAGCUAUUGAGGGGACCAGGGGGUGGUGUCCAAGCACAGGAUACCAUGGUACAAGAAAAUUUCAGCCAGGGUAUGAGAGGUGGGAGAGGGCGAGGGGGAAGAGCACGAGGAGUUGGUCACAGCAGUGGAGGUAGGGGUCAGGGUAUUUUACCCACUCAGCAGGGUGUAAAUGUAGGAUUUAGAAUUGAAAAAGCAGCUGGUGGUGGUACAAUGCAGACUCAGGGCCCCAGUGCCCCCAUUUGUGUGGAGGAGUACGACCGUUUGGACCUGAACUUGAGGAAAAACCAAGAGGAGGCACAUCCGCCGAGAACCCCAAUACAUCUGGAUACACUUGGCCAGGCUCCUGUGGCUGUUCGUCUCGGUGUCCUGUUAGAAGUCUUAGGAGUGAAGGAGUCUGAUCUGGCUGCUGUUCCUCUCCACCUGAGGCUCGCUGUAGCAGUGACAGGCUUCUGGGUACGUGAGGCAAUACCUACACCCUCACAGCCCCAGGUCCAGGCUUUGGUGCUGGGCAUGGUUUAUGGAGAACUGUCCUGGAGCAACCAGCCUGGAGCUACCCAUUACCAAUAUGCUGUCCCACAGCUAAACUGGGCUGCGGAGCGCAAUGUGUUGUCAGGGCUGGACCGACAACGUGUGAGACCAGGGGAAAGACGGGGCUUGGAUGUAGGAGUGGCUCACAGUUUGAGCCAAUGGCAGGCCUGCCUCUGGAGUGCACUGUGUCUUAAUCAGCUAUUGCUGCAGCCGCUGCCUGAACCCCACUUGUCAUGGUUGUUCAGUGGUACCUUGGUGCACGGCAUCCUCAAGUAUUUAAAGGGGGGCCGAGCUGCUGAAUCUCUCCUAGCCGGGGGCUCCUUGUCUGGACAACUCUACUCCUCCCUCCUGGAUGUUGUGAGGAACUGCAGCUCCAAAGCCCAUCCCUCCUCUUCGGCUACAGGCAGAGGGAGGAGAGGCAGAGGCCGUGGAAGGAGAGGAAGAAGGGGAGUUGGCAGAGGAGCACGGGGAAGGGGGCAAGGGACCGAGGACAUAAACAACAGGUUUGCUCUCUUGAUGAGCGAGGAAGAGUCUGAUGAUGAUUGGUGAAGAGGCGGAGAAAAAUGAGCCAAUCGAUAGUAAGCACUUGCGAGGGGCCAAAUGAAGGAGGACAUUCCAGUGGUUUAUAAAACAUGCUCAGGGAAUGCUACAGUCAUUUUCAAGUGAAGAACAACACCUCUUCGUGUUUACCACUGUGCGUCAACCUUUAUAACUGUAUUGCACUAAUUUAACCUCCCUCAGUGUUAACUACCUGCUUAUUAUGUUCAAAGUUCUGUUGCCAUCUCAAAUCAUAUGAUGUCAAAACAUAUGCAUGCAGCUUUUAUCAAAGUAGUCAAGUCUCUGUAAUUAAUGCAAUUUUUUCCAACCUGAGGGUUUUAUUCACUUACGUCAGCACAAGAUUUAAACAGUGAAUGUAGAGAUGUCUUAUUUCAUCAUUGUUGACCAGAAAGUUGUAUGGCAGCUAAUGUCAUCUUAAUGAGCGAUAUAUGAAAUUUUAUGUCAUUUUAUCGCAGAUGCCUUAAUACUGAUGCAUUUGGUGAUCUUGCGUUGUUUACUCAUUUUUCUAUAUAAAAAAAACAACAAAAAAAAACAUAAAAUCAAACUCAGACGCAUGUUUUUUAAAGCAUCACAUUCAGCUAGUUUUUACUUGUAACCAUGUGAUUUUGAGAAUAAAAUGUUUAUUAAUUCUCUGUAAAGUCAGUUAUAAGUUACAGUGCAUUACAGAGGCACUGUUAUUAAAUAUAUAUACACACACAAGAUUCAACUAUUGAUAAAUGCAGUAUAUCUACACUCUGUAACAGUACAUCAUUAACAAGCUACAAAAACAAAAUUACAAUAAAAUAACAGCUAACUCAAA